AUGAACUCUUUUCGACAUUUAAAUUCAGGGUCAAGGAAAUACUUGUGCCACCAGUUCCGGCAUAGGACGAAGGGAGUCACAGGUCGACCAUUCAACUACGUACGCCAGGCUUCCACACUUCCAACCCCAGUUGCAAGUUUACGAAACCUCUUCUAUGGUACGGCCUUGGUCUUCGGCUCUGGCUUGUUGUAUCUCUACAUCACGGAUACUCGGGCAAGCCUACAUCGUUGGCUUGUCGUACCUACGCUGAAAAUCCUCUAUGCGGAUGCAGAAGAAGCCCAUCAUGCCGGUAAUUCGGCGUUAAAAUUCCUCUGGCAGUUCGGCCUAUAUCCUCGUGAACGUGGUGAUCCAGACAGUGCUGGAGAUCUUCAGAUUGAAGUCUUUGGAUAUAAUCUUGUCAAUCCCAUUGCAACUUCCGCAGGGAUUGACAAGGACGCUGAUAUUCCCGAUGCACUGUUCGCGAUGGGGCCAGCAAUUGUCGAGGUAGGCGGAGUAACACCAUUGCCGCAGGAGGGAAAUGCCAAACCACGAGUCUUUCGAGUGCCUUCUCAAAAUGCACUCAUCAACCGAUACGGACUUAAUUCUGAAGGAGCCGACCACGUGGCCAUGCACUUGCGACAUCGGGUCAGAGAAUUUGCUCGGGCUAAGAACUACGGUCAGGAUGCAGAAGCUGAGCAGUAUGUUCUAGAUGGUCAUGCUCACGUACCUCCCGGAAGUCUGAUGCCUGGUCGGUUGCUAGCCGUGAAUAUCGCGAAAAACAAACAAACUCCAGACGAGGACAUCGACCGUGUCACAGACGACUACGUGUAUUGCGUUGAACGGCUUGGCCCAUACGCCGACAUUCUUGUCGUCAACGUCUCUAGCCCAAACACCCCAGGCUUGCGGUCAUUACAGCAAUCUAAGCCACUGACCACGAUAUUGACCGGCGUGGUGAAUGCGGCACAAAAUGUGAACCGAACUAAGAAACCUGCCAUCAUGGUUAAAGUCAGCCCUGACGAAGACUCUGAUGAGCAAAUUGCGGGGAUCUGUGACGCUGUCUGGAAUUCUGGCGUCGAUGGUUUGAUAGUCGGCAACACGACAAAGGCAAGACCUGACCCUCUACCAUUGGGUUAUAAGCUAUCACCAGUUGAGGAGCAAGUCCUGUUGGAGCAGGGUGGAUACUCUGGCCCCCAGCUCUUUGACAGAACGAUAUCUCUGGUAAAAAAAUAUCGAAAGCUAUUAGAGAACCGACCCCAAAAAGCUCUUCAAUCAAACGUCGAAAGACCGGCCGACUCUGGGAACCGACCACAAUACGCUCAGCAGCCCUCAGAUGAAGGGGCAGCCGAACCAGACAAUCAACCUCAACAAACUCAUCAGGCUAAAGCGGAAGGACCUGCCGAAUCAGAAAAGUUGAUUCUUGAAAAGCCUGGACCAAUCGUUCCCCCUCAGAAUGUAGAUGGAGUCCAUGCUUCGGUCUCAAGCGGCAAGAUCGAUCUUAAAAACCCAUCAGAUCGUCCGGACACUGAGAAGCAGUCCCUUUUCCAGAUUCCUUCUGAGAAAUACUACCAUGCCCCAAGAGAGAUGGAACCAGACCUACAAGAGGUAUCUGAACCACCAGCCGAAUCAGACAAAUUAAUUCUUGAAAAGCCUGGACCGACCGCCACCCCUGAAAAAGUAGAUGGAGUACAUGCUUCAAUCUCGAGUGGGAGGAUUGAUCCUAAGAAGCCGUCGGGUCGUCCGGAUACUGAGAAGCAGGCCCUUCUUCAGAUCCCUACUCAGAAAUACUAUAACGUCCAGAGAGAGACCGAACCUGACUCGUUAGAUGUGUCUGAUAGCUCGAGAAAAUUCGAACCAGGGCCCUCCAUGGAGCCAAGUGCUUCGAGCAAACAGGGAGUUAACUCACCAGGGGGACCCGAUGUUUCGAAACCCGUGGAAGCCAAACCAUCUGUGGUCUCUGAUGUACUUCCACAUCGAGACGAGUCAAAGGUUAUCUUCGCAAGUGGUGGCAUUACCAAUGGUAGACAGGCUUUAGAGGCCCUUAAGGCAGGGUCGGAUUGUGUGAGUCUAUAUACUGCCUUGGCGUAUCAAGGAGUCGGCACAAUAUCUAGGAUUAAGGAUGAGAUGAGAGUAGAGAUUAAGAAAGACAACGACACAAGGAGGAAAUAA